AUGUCAUCCCACGCUGAGGAUCACAGCUACCACCCCAAAGAUGCUAUUUCAGCGGCCCUGAAGGCUACGGCCCUGACAGGCAGUGUCGGUCUUUUUGCCUCGGCCGUCCAGAACACUCUCGUCAGACGCAAUGUUGGACCUCUUGGUAUCUUUACUCGCAGUGGAGCCACCAUUAGUGUUCUUGCUGCCAUGGGUGGAACAUACGAGUUCGUCAAGACCGCUUCCGCCAACCUUCGCGAAACUGAGGAUUCCUUCAACACCGCUCUCGGUGGCUUCUUCUCCGGCUCUAUUCUCGGCCUGCGAUUUCGCACAUUCCCAGCUGUUCUGAAGUACGGCGCUGGCCUCUCAAUUGCCAUGUACGCGUUCGACUACACCGGUGGAUCACUAUUCGGUCCCAAGAAGGACACCGAAGAGGACGAAUUCGAUCGCCGCCAGAAGUUGCGCAAGUCGUUCCAGACGCCGGCGGAGCAGACCUUUGCCGAGAUUGGCGAAGGACGUGGUAUUUACGGGCCCAACUACGAGGAGCGUCGUGCCCAGAGGAUCAAGGAAGCAUAUGGCAUUGAAGUGCCUACACAGCCGCUGCCGGCCUCAUAA